UGUGCUGUUGCUGUUCCUGUUUGUACCAUAAAAGAGAGUUUUCGCUUUGUCAAAUUGAUUAAUCAAUACUGUAGUACAUCUUUUGUUUUUCAGAGUCAUUACUAGUAAAGUGAGUUUACAAUCAGUGCCCUGAAACUAUGAUACGUUACUACUGUCGUCAACCAGCGAAUAAGUGACUAACCUAACCUCAAUCAUCCAUUAAGUCAAAACAUUACUAGGAAAUCCAUGUUAUUGACCAUAAAUACGUGUUCAAUUUUACAUAAUUAGCACCUAUUAACUCCAAAGUGUUGAGAAAGAAAUACCAAUUAAACAUUAUUUUUCUGGUGGAAUAGGCCACUUUAAGUUAUUCUUUAUUAAUAAGUUUAUGCUGUUUGGUUAGCUAACAAUGCCACUGUUUAAUGUCUAUCUUUAAUGGCCUAGACAUUUUAAUGUAUGACAUUAUUAUUAUUGGCUGUGGACCAGUAUGAACAAUACACCCUGAAUCCUGAGGAAUCGCUAUGGACUCUAACUCUUAUUCACGCUUAUUGAGCUAUGUUGUUUGUGAAACAACUAUGCCUAUUAAGAAACAUGUUUACAAUUUUGCUGCAUCUGACCAAUCGUCUAUGAAAACACAGCUUCUUUCUGCAGCCUGUCUCAUUGCCCAAUCUCAGUCUCAAGAAUAUCAGGUAGAAAUGUCCAAUGAAGAACUUAUACCAAAUCAUGAUCAAGAAGUGUGUGAUAAUCCUGAUCAAGAAACAAAUGAACAUAAAAGGAAAAAAUCUUUGAGCAAAGAUGACGUACAGCCAGCAAAAAAGAAGAGUAAAAAGGGUUCAAAAAAGAAAAAUGUUGAGGAACAAUUUCUGCAAUGUAAUGAAACUGACUUUAAGGCAAUGUUCAAAGUAUCACGCUCUACAUUUGAGAUUCUUGUUCAAAUCCUCUCGGAAGAAGAAUUGGAGCCUAUAGAAGACGUGUCUUUAGAAAAGAAAGUAAUGAUAAUUUUAUCGCUAUUAUGCAAUGCCUGCUCUAAGGAAGAAGCAGCGGAGAAGUUUGAAGUGUCCGUGGAGGCAGUCACUAGUGUUUUCUACGAUAUCUGCGCAACUCUGAACAAUAAGUCUGACACUUUUAUCAAGUGGCCUAUGUUUGAUGAGGCUGAUGAGAUCGCAAACAAAAUAGAAGACAAGUACGGUUUUCCUGGAGUUGUGGGUGUUCUCGGGUGUAAAUACGUCGCUAUUCCCAUCCCCAAAGACUCUACGACUAGAAGGGAACAUUUCAACGGGAAACUCAGAAUGUACUGUGUGGCCCUCCAGAUGGUUUGCGAUGAUGAUUUCAUUGUAAGAGACAUUUUCGCUGGUUUAGCCGGAGGAAUUCCUCCGUCAAAAGUGCUGCAGGAGAGUCAGCUUAAGGAAAUAUUGACUACAGACGCGAGUCAAAUUGUUGACCCUAACAAACACAUUCUAGCUGGCCCUGAGUUUCCUCAACUUCCGUCCAUGCUUACACCUUACAAGGACUCGGGCACGCUGUCUCAAGAGGAGAUAGAAGUCAAUGCUAUGCAUGCCACAGUUUGCCUCUUAGUGGAUGAGACUUUUAAGAUUAUAAAGAAUCGGUUUGGGAUUUUAAAACUUCUUGACCUAGAUACUGCAAGCAUGGUUUUAUACUCUGUGUGUGUGUUGCACAACAUUUGUAUGCAAAAUGGCGAUAAGUAUGACCCUCAAGACUAUAUUUAGGUUAGUUUGCUUUUUUACUUAAAAUCACAACUAAAUUUCGUACAGAGCGUCAAUUUACUUUGUAAAAAGUUAAAAUAAGUUAGAAGUGUGAAAUCUUUUCUGUUAAAUUGUUCAUCUUGUGUUUAAACAACACAAGUUAAGUGUACAUUUGUAAUAUUUUGCCUUGCUAGUUUUCAUAGUUUAUGUUUCAAAACAUGCCUGUCAUUGUCUUAACAAUUAUAUGAUAA